GACAGUUUUCGCGAGAAUUUACCGGUGACUUGCGGACGUCAGAGAGAGAGCGGUGUUUGGGACGAGCUGGCCAGCUUCUCCCUUGUCUGUGAGCGUGGGAUAGCUGUUAAGGAGAAAAGCCUCUGUGUUUAGCUACAUCCUGGACGAGAUCAUCAACGCUUUAUGCAGGACACGUCGCACAGCGAGAGGAAGUCACCAAAUCGUCAUAGCUUGUUACAUCAAUUGAAGGGGUCACUGUUAACAUCACCGGGCAAGAUAAUCGUGUAGAAGAGUGUAUUGUACAGCGUUUUCGUCGCUGUAAAUCGGCUGAAUACCACAGAACCACCCAGCAUCCGAACCAUCUCACAGCCUAACUAUGGCUGUAACACCUAGAAAAGUCUCGGAUGAUGUACAGAAGAUAUUUGACAAAUACGUGGGCAAUCACUUCAGACGUCUAAAGAAGGACACAGCUUACGAGAUGUUUCAGAAAGAGUUUAAUCUGUCUGAGGAACAUGCGAAAGUGAUGUUUGAUAUCUUUGACAAAGACCAGAACGAUGAGCUGAGUAUUUGGGAGUUCCAACAGUUUUACACCCAGGUUGGCCAUGGGGUCCACGACAUGCUGAAAAUGUACGAAAGACUGGCUGAACCUUCUGGAGACGUGGACAUCAGCCGUACGUUUGACGCCAUGCAGGAGAUGCACACGCCGGCAGGCAGGAAGUUAAAAGACGAAGAGAUUGCCCUUUUGAUUCAGACGGCCGCAGGACCGGAAAAAGCUAUAGACCUGCCAAAGUUUAUCAACAUGCUGCUACGUCUGAAACUGUUUCGAGACUAAACAUUCCACUGAUCAUCGCCAAAAAACUGGUUUUAAGGAUGUCAAAGAAAUCUCAUGAACCGGUUUAUGUGGAGGGACCAAAACUUGUAGCCGGAGACAACUCUUGACGAAAUAAUGAAAAAAACACCUGAUUAUUACUGGUGUGGUAAUAAGUGUAUUUGAUGCUUCUAUUGCUACAAGCUGUUUUCAGGACUGUCACAACAGGGACUCAGAUAUGUGCACUAAAGCGCUCUGUACCAACAGCUAUUCUGUGCACUGAUACUGGUAUAUUUUAUGUUAUUUCCCUUGUUACUUGUGUAUCAUAUAUUGAUUACUAAUGCACUCUAAUUUUAUAAAUUUCAUCGAUGUGAAACGCGGACUGUAUUUCUUCAUUAAAAGUGUCAAUAUUUGACUG